AUGAGAGUAAAUCCCGUAUCUAUCUAUCUAUCUAUCUAUCUAUCUAUCUAUCUAUCUAUCUAUCUAUCUCAUUCUAUCCACAUCUAUCUAUCUAUCUAUUUAUCUAUCUAUCAUCUCUAUCUAUCUGUCUCAGUUUCUUCAUUUUGUCCAUUUAUCUUUUGUGUCUUUUUUAUCUAUCUAUCUCAUCUAUCUAUCUUUCUAUCUAUCUAUCUAUCUAUCUGUCUGUCCCAGUUUCUUCAUUUUUUUAUUUAUCAUUUUGUGUCUUUUAUCUAUCUAUCUAUCUAUCUAUCUAUCUAUCUAUCUGUCUGUCUCAGUUUCUUCAUUUUGUCAGUUUAUCAUUUUGUGUCUUUUAUCUAUCUAUCAUCUAUCUAUCUAUUCAUCUAUCUAUCUAUCUAUCUAUCUCAGUUUCUUCAUUUUGUCAGUUUAUUAUUUUGUGUCUUUUUAUCUAUCUAUCUAUCUAUCUAUCUGUCUGUCUCAGUUUCUUCAUUUUGUCAGUUUAUCAUUUUGUGUCUUUUUCUAUCUAUCUAUCUAUCUAUCUAUCUAUCUAUCUAUCUAUCUGUCUGUCUCAGUUUCUUCAUUUUGUCAGUUUAUCAUUUUGUGUCUUUUUAUCUAUCUAUCUAUCUAUCUAUCUAUCUAUCUAUCUAUCUCAGUUUCUUCAUUUUGUCAGUUUAUUAUUUUGUGUCUUUUUAUCUAUCUAUCUAUUCAUCUAUCUAUCUGUCUCUGUCUCAGUUUCUUCAUUUUGUCAGUUUAUCAUUUUGUGUUUUUUUUAUCUAUCUAUCUAUUCAUUCAUCUAUCUUCUAUCUAUCUGUCUGUCUCAGUUUCUUCAUUUUGUCAGUUUAUCAUUUUGUGUCUUUUUCUCUAUCUAUCAUCUAUCUAUUCAUCUAUCUAUCUAUCUCAGUUUCUUCAUUUUGUCAGUUUAUCAUUUUGUGUCUUUUUAUCUAUCUAUCUAUCUAUCUAUCUGUCUGUCUCAGUUUCUUCAUUUUGUCAGUUUAUCAUUUUGUGUCUUUUUAUCUAUCUAUCUAUCUAUCUAUCUAUCUAUCUGUCUGUCUCAGUUUCUUCAUUUUGUCAGUUUAUCAUUUUGUGUCUUUUUAUCUAUCUAUCUAUCUAUCUAUCUAUCUAUCUAUCUAUCUAUCUCAGUUUCUUCAUUUUGUCAGUUUAUCAUUUUGUGUCUUUUUAUCUAUCUCUCUAUCUAUAAACGUUAUUUUUACGACUCAAAUAGGUGAACUCACUAAAAGAAAGGACAUUUAUAGUAAUAAAGAGGCAGAUAAAAAAUCCACUCAAAAUAUCUAUCUAUCUAUCUAUCUAUCUAUCUAUCAUCUAUCUAUCUAUCAAUCUAUCUAUCUAUCUAAGUCUGUUCCUAUCUAUGUAUCUAUCAAUCUGCAGAGCACAACUCAAUCAUAUCUCUAUCUACGUACAGAGCGCAGCUUUGGAAAGAUAUUGAGAUAUACCGUGUCCCGGGCAACAGCUACUCGUGACAGUACCGUCCACAUUACACUAAAGACGUUUGCGUGA